AUCUGCAUUAGCAUAAGAGGGAUAACAAACACAAUCAGAAUCAAAACUUACUUGAUUUCCUUAUCCCUCAGUCACAAUGGAAACCUCUCUUCUCUCUUAUUUACUCUGAUUCCGUUUCCACAAUAUCUCAAUCAAAAACACUGCAUAACGCAUUGCCUUAUUUAUUUACUUUUUUUUUUUAUAUAUAUAAAUACUAAUGUUAAUAUAUUAAUUGAUGCACAAAUUGAAACCGUUCUCACCCAUUGCAGUUUCAGUUGCUGGUUUACGACUUUUCAGAAUUUGACCCUUAUAGCUCCGGGAAACCGCUUUUCAGAUCUGGAGCCAAAGUUAGCAUCUUUCUGUUCUUCUGAAUUCAAAUGCUCCAUUGGGUAUCACCAAUUCGCGAGCUUCUGAAAUUCUAGGUAAAGAGAGCAUGUCUGGGGCAGGGCAAGCCAUAGACAUGGAGCACGUGGGGUUUCCGAAAGCGAAAUCAGCGGCGGCGGCGGCUGCUGCUCCGGCCGCCGAUCACGGCCGAGGGAAGAAAACGGGUCCGGUGUCGAUGGAUCACGUGCUUCUGGCGUUGCGUGAGACAAAGGAAGAAAGGGAUCUUCGUAUUCGGAGUCUCUUCAAUUUUUUUGAUGCUGGCAACACUGGGUAUUUGGAUUAUGCACACAUUGAGGCUGGUUUGUCUGCACUUCAGAUACCUCCUGAGUAUAAAUAUGCUAAGGAACUGUUCAAAGUGUGUGAUGCUGAUAAGGAUGGAAGGAUUGAUUACCAUGAUUUUAGGCGUUAUAUGGAUGACAAGGAAUUGGAGCUUUACCGCAUAUUUCAGGCUAUUGAUGUGGAACACAAUGGCUGCAUUCUCCCUGAAGAGCUUUGGGAUGCACUUGUCAAGGCUGGGAUUGAAAUUGAUGAGGAGGAGCUUGCUCGCUUUGUGGAGCAUGUUGAUAAGGAUAAUAAUGGAAUUAUCACUUUUGAAGAAUGGAGAGAUUUUCUUCUACUUUACCCUCAUGAAGCAACUAUUGAAAAUAUAUAUCAGCAUUGGGGGAGGGUGUGCCUUGUUGAUAUUGGAGAACAAGCUGUGAUUCCUGAAGGUAUCAGCAAGCAUGUACACAGGAGCAGAUACUUUAUAGCAGGGGGCAUAGCAGGAGCUGCUUCUCGUACAGCAACUGCUCCUCUUGAUCGUCUGAAGGUGGUCUUACAAGUUCAGACUGGGCGUGCUUCUAUUAUGCCAGCAGUGAUGAAGAUAUGGCAACAAGAUGGUUUAUUAGGGUUUUUCCGAGGUAAUGGAUUGAAUGUUGUUAAGGUAGCUCCAGAGAGUGCUAUCAAGUUUUAUGCUUAUGAAAUGCUGAAAAAUGCAAUUGGGGGUGAUCAAGAGAACAAGUCAGAUAUUGGUACUGCUGGAAGACUUUUUGCUGGUGGUAUGGCUGGUGCAGUUGCACAGAUUGCUAUCUAUCCAUUGGAUCUUGUCAAAACUCGGCUGCAGACUUGUGCUUCUGAUGGGGGAAGGGUUCCUAAGCUUGGCACACUUACAAAGGAUAUAUGGGUCCAAGAGGGACCUCGGGCUUUCUACAGAGGGCUUGUUCCAUCUCUUCUUGGUAUGAUUCCUUAUGCAGGGAUCGAUCUCACUGCUUAUGACACCUUGAAAGAUAUAUCCAAGAGAUAUAUUCUUAAUGACAGCGAACCUGGUCCUCUGGUACAACUUGGAUGUGGGACAGUUUCAGGGGCUCUUGGAGCUACUUGUGUCUAUCCACUGCAGGUUAUUCGUACAAGACUGCAGGCACAACCUACCAACACUUCUUGUGGAUACAAGGGAAUGUCUGAUGUAUUUUGGAAAACUCUUAAGGAAGAAGGCUUUAGAGGCUUCUACAAGGGACUCAUUCCGAAUCUCCUCAAAGUUGUGCCAGCUGCAAGCAUUACUUACAUGGUUUAUGAAAGUAUGAAGAAGAGUCUUGAUCUUGGUUAGCGUGUCGUUAUUCCCUGGACAGCUAGCUAAUAUCAAAUAUUAUAAGAAGUAUCGAAUUGUUGAUGUUGACGAAAAAGAAAAGAGAUUAGUAUUUAGUAGUACUCUAGGCACUAUUAAAAAUAGUCAUUCUUCUGAGGAUAUGUUAAACACGAUUUUGUAGUCAGAAAGUUUUUCCCCAUGCUUAUCUGAACUAAAACGUUGAGAAAUUAGGUUGAAUUCUAGAUAUACCAAGGUAAUAGGGGUUAUCCUUUUCAAUAUAUACUUUGUCCACUAUUUCCUAUAGUCAAUAGCAAUGAUACAUAAUUCUGUUUCUCCUCCAUUUUCAUGUUACUAUGAGUGAAUAAAAUUGACGGGUGGCAUCUUUCUGCG